AGCCUCGCUCUGUAGCCCAGGCUGGAGUGCAGUGGCGCGAUCUCUGCUCACUGCAACCUUUGCCUCCCGGGUUCAAGCGAUUCUCCUGCCUCAGGCUCCCGAGUAGCUGGAAUUACAGGCGCCCGCCGCCACGCCCGGCUAAUUUUUUAAUUUUUUAACAGAGACGGGCUUUCACCAUGUUGGCCAGGUUGGUCUCGAACUCCCAAACUCAAGCGAUCCACCCGCCUCGGCCUCCCAAAGUGCUGGGAUUACAGACGCGAACCACCGCGCCCGGCUGUCCUGUGUUUUAAUGCUUGAAAAUAAUCUGAAUAUGGAAAAUGAGUGCACAUAUCCCUUGAUGUUUUAUAAAUAACCUACAGUCCUAAUAAUGGCUUGGCUUAGAGUUCCUUCACAACAGGAAAAGAAGGCAUCCUGGCUUUUUUUUUUUUUUUUAAAUCAAAGUGAGGCUUGGGUUGGCUCUAUCUUGGUCCUGAGUGCGAGGAAGGAGGGCCGCAAUGCAUGCUGGAUCUUGCAGUUCCUACGCCAGAGGCAAGGGCGUGAUGCUGCAUGGCCUGCUGGUAGUUGAAGUCCAAGUGCUCGAGAGGAAUUUAUGGCAGCCGUAAUGUGGUUUGUCUAUCAGAGAGACAAUGCUCACAGACGGAUACUUUCUCUUGGUUCUGCGCUUGCUGCAUUGGUGGAUUAGCGGCUUGGGGUGGCGAACAGGUGGGAAAAAGGGAUGGAUAAACUAAGCAUAGCAGAGGCCUUUACGCCGCUGCUAUCGCUACUGCCAAUCGCAAGGCUUUCGUAUCCCGGAAGUGGCUGAUCUGUUGGAUUUGACGCGGAGGCGGUUCCUCUUACUACGGUGGCCGGGGUGCUCAAAGUACCUGUAGCUGCGGCGCUGAGGUCGGAACGUCUGCGUGUGUGCGGGCUGGUUUUGUGGCGGCUGCUGCUAGAGCUGGAGCAUUUCCCGGGUUGGUGGCUCCUGCACAUUUUUACAGUUCUCCAGUCCUUCUGUUUCGUCAGUAUAAAAGAUUGAACUCUACAGAAGAAUGCAAUCAAGUGAUGGCUUUUCCUUUAGAAUUUGAAUAUGGAGGCUACAGGAACAGAUGAAGUUGACAAGCUCAAAACCAAAUUUAUAUCUGCUUGGAACAACAUGAAAUAUAGUUGGGUGUUGAAAACAAAGACGUAUUUUAGUAGAAAUUCUCCUGUAUUAUUGCUUGGAAAAUGUUACCAUUUUAAAUAUGAAGAUGAAGAUAAAACGUUACCUACAGAGUCGGGAUGUACAAUAGAGGAUCACGUAAUUGCAGGAAAUGUAGAAGAAUUUCGUAAAGAUUUCAUUUCUAGAAUAUGGCUGACCUACAGGGAAGAAUUCCCUCAAAUAGAAGGCUCAGCUUUGACAACAGACUGUGGGUGGGGCUGCACAUUGAGAACUGGCCAGAUGCUCUUGGCUCAAGGACUCAUACUACACUUUCUUGGUAGAGCUUGGACCUGGCCUGAUGCUUUGAAUAUUGAAAAUUCAGACUCUGAAUCAUGGACUUCCCACACUGUCAAAAAAUUUACUGCAUCAUUUGAAGCAUCACUUUCAGGGGAAAGAGAAUUCAAAACCCCAACAAUUUCUCUGAAGGAAACAAUUGGGAAAUAUUCUGAUGAUCAUGAAAUGCGGAAUGAAGUUUAUCAUAGGAAAAUCAUCUCUUGGUUUGGUGAUUCCCCCUUGGCUCUUUUUGGCUUACAUCAACUAAUAGAAUAUGGAAAGAAGUCUGGGAAAAAAGCAGGAGAUUGGUAUGGACCAGCUGUGGUUGCUCACAUUUUAAGAAAAGCAGUUGAAGAAGCAAGACAUCCUGAUUUACAAGGAAUAACUAUUUAUGUUGCACAAGAUUGUACAGUUUACAAUUAUGAUGUAAUUGAUAAACAGAGUGCUUCCAUGACUUCUGAUAAUGCAGAUGACAAAGCUGUUAUUAUUCUAGUUCCUGUUAGACUUGGUGGAGAAAGAACCAACACCGACUACUUAGAAUUUGUGAAGGGUAUUUUAAGCCUGGAAUAUUGUGUGGGUAUUAUUGGUGGCAAACCUAAACAGUCAUAUUACUUUGCUGGAUUUCAAGAUGACAGUUUGAUUUACAUGGAUCCUCAUUACUGCCAAUCUUUUGUAGAUGUCAGCAUAAAGGAUUUCCCUCUUGAGACAUUCCACUGCCCUUCUCCCAAAAAGAUGUCUUUUCGAAAAAUGGAUCCCAGCUGUACAAUAGGAUUUUACUGUCGAAAUGUUCAGGACUUCGAACGAGCUUCUGAAGAAAUCACCAAGAUGCUGAAAUUUUCUUCUAAGGAGAAAUAUCCCUUAUUUACUUUUGUAAAUGGUCAUUCCAGAGACUAUGAUUUUACAUCUACUACAACCAAUGAAGAAGACCUUUUUUCAGAGGAUGAAAAGAAACAAUUAAAAAGAUUUAGCACGGAAGAGUUUGUCUUGCUUUAAAGAUUAGCACAUUUGUGCUUGAUAAGAAGAAUUCCAUUGAAAGGGGAAAAAUGAAGAGAAACAAGUAUAUCUGAAAUGUUUAUUUUCACAAAUAUCUUCAUUUUAUAUGUUCUUUAAAAAAGAACAUUUGAAAAUAUAAAAGUUAAAGAUAUUUUUCUAAAAGAGAAAUGAUUUAAUGAAUCUUGCUUUCUAAUAAAUAAAUUGAGUGAUUCUGGUUGCAUUCCUAUUUCCCUAAGAUCUACUAGUGAUAAUUCUACCUUAACUGUAAGCCUUUUAGUCUUCAAAGUCUUCCACCAGAGCCCAUUGUUCUCAUGGAGGUUUUGUGAUAUUAACCCUCCCCCAAAGACUGGGAUCACCAAAUAGUUUCAAAAUUCUCAGUUUGUACUAAAGACCAGAAGAUCAGAGAAGGAAACUUUAAUGCUGUCUAGCCUCCUGCUAUUAAUGAAAUCAAAGAAUACUUUUGCAUAUGUCUUGAUAAUUAAAUAGUAUUUGUUAACUGUGAUAUGCAUACACUUAUAUAAGCAGAAUUAUGAGUUAAAGUAAUACUUAGCCAUAUGAUUUUAUAAUGGCUCCUCAUUAUGCUUGCUGUUGAACCUUUUAUGAGGAGUGAAUAUAAAGUAUUGGUUUUCCCUCACAAAUUUAAAGGUUAUGUUAUUAAUACUAUUAUAACUGCAUCAAUCAAGUCAGAUAAAGGCAACUAUAAAAUAGUAGUAGUGUUUAUUUCCUAUCUCAAGGGCGAAAUUUUAUGGGAAUUCAAUUUAUUGUGCAGUUUUUAAGUUUAAAAUACCAAGAAAGAUGUCACUAGAAUCUCUUCUAUGUGAUUUUUGUUUUUUAUAUAAAGCAGUGUAGUGGUGUUUAGAAACUGAGGCCACCUGUAAGGCAAAUCUGCCUUAAGUGUAUUAUGUGUUACUUAAAGGCAAAUUUGUGAUCUAAAAGUACAAGAGUGAUUUUUGAGCUAGGAUUAUAAAAUACAUAAUAAAGAUGUGAGAAGAUAAAA